CGCGCCGCGCCGCGUGUUUCCGGGGACAGUGCGGGCGGCGGAUGGAGGUCAGCGGAGGUGCUAGCGGCGACAUCAUGGCGGCUCACCUGGUAAAGCAAUGCACGUGCCUCCUGAGAGAAGCUGCUCGUCUGGCCCCUGCCAUGGCUCCAAUUGGCCAACUGAGACUUGCCAGGGUAGCUCAGAAGACUCUGACUUCCUCAGCCACCUCACCCAGUUCCCACUUCCCAAGUUCCAUGAUGAAGCUGGUGGAGAAUGAAAAUGAGAAAGUGUUUACUCUCUACCCAGGGAACCACAUAGACCAGCUCAUCAAGAAGGCCACAAGGCCAGAGGAGCUCCUGGAGCUCCUUGAUGCUGGUCACCACUUGAACAACAAUCAUGCAGCCCUCAUAUUUAUCCGGCUCUCUCGAUUGCCGUUUGAGAAGCCCGAAGACAAGGCCUCGCUCAUACAGGAUGCCCGCUUUCAGCAACUUCUCCAUCUGCUCAACAGUCAGAUAUCCUCGGUCUGGCAUGGUACCCUCUCGAGGCUGCUGCGGAGCCUCUAUUCUCUGGGCCUCCCCGAGACCUCCAAGGAGCUGCAGUCAGUGGAGCAGGAGGUCCGCUGGCGCAUGCGGAGGCUCAAGUACAGGCACCUGGCCCUUCUGGCAGAGUCCUGUGCCACUCUCUCACGGAAGCAGCACUCCCAGGAGCUGCUCGCUGAGCUGCUCAUGCACCUGGAAAGGCGCUGGACAGAAAUUGAAGAUGGCCGCACAUUAGUGACCAUCAUGAUGAAGGUGGGACACCUCUCGGAGUCACUGAUGAACCGCCUGGAAGACAAGUGCCUGGAGUUAGUGGAGCAGUUUGGCCCCGACGAGCUGCGGAAGGUGCUGGUGACACUGGCAGCUCAGAGCCGGCGGUCUGUGCCCUUACUGCGGGCCGUCUCCUACCACCUGGUGCAGAAGCCCUUCCAUCUGACGAAAGGUAUUCUCCUGGACCUGGCCUAUGCCUACGGCAAACUCAACUUUCACCAGACCCAGGUGUGCCAGCGCCUGGCCGCCGACCUGCUGUCCCUCACACCCAGCCUGACUUCCGGUGAGGUGGCCCGCUGUGCCAAGUCCUUCGCCUUGCUCAAGUGGCUCAACCUGCCCCUGUUUGAGGCCUUUGCCCAGCACUUCCUGAACAGAGCGCAGGACACCCCCCUGCCCCACCUGUGCAGCAUGCUCCUGGCUUUUGCGCGUCUGAACUUCCAUCCAGACCAAGAGGAUCAGUUCUUCAGCCUGGUACACGAGAAGCUGGGGUCAGAGCUGGCGGGCCUGGAGCCAGCCCUGCAGGUGGACCUGGUGUGGGCCCUGUGUGUGCUGCAGCAGGCACAGGAGGCGGAGCUGCAAACUGUCCUUCACCCUAAAUUUCACACCCAAUUUCUAGGGGGCAAGUCUCAGAAGGAUCAGAACAUCUUCCAGAAGCUGCUCCACAUUAACGCCACUGCCCUGCUGGAGCACCCUGAGUACUCGGGUCCCCUUCUGCCAGCCUCAGCUGUGGCACCUAGGCCCUCAGCCCUUGACAGGAAGGUGACCCCCCUGCAAAAGGAGCUGCAGGAGACACUGAAGGGGCUGCUGGGGAGCGCCGACAGGGGCAGCCUCGAGGUGGCCACGCAAUACGGCUGGGUGCUGGAUGCUGAGGUGCUGCUGGACAGUGACGGCCAGUUUCUGCCCUUAAGGGACUUUGUGGCACCUCACCUUGCUCAGCCAAUUGGGAGCCAGCCACCACCUCCAGGGGCUAAGAGGCUAGCUUUCCUGCGGUGGGAGUUCCCCAACUUCAACAACCGAAGCAAAGACUUACUGGGUCGCUUUGUCCUGGCCCGGCGACACAUACUGGCUGCAGGCUUCCUGAUAGUGGAUGCCUCUCCUAGGAGCCCAAGGAGGGAGUUCACUGUGGAUCCUGGCUGCUCCAGCCUCCCCUCACACCUUCCCAGCAUCUCACCCCGUGAGUGAACCCAGAAAGGCCACCAAGUUUCCUCAUUCAGCUUAGGAGGUGGGCAGUGUAGGGCCCAUUCAUAGAUGAGCAGCUCGAAGCCCAGGAGGCUGCACAGCUGUUGAAACUCUGAGUGCAGCUGCUCUGCCUCCUUGGUCAGGGCCUGUUCUCAGGAAAGGAAGGAGCAGUGGGACUGGCAGAAGCAGAAAGACACAGGUCCUGGGCCCAAUUCUGGUCUCACGCCUGGGAGACCUUGGCUAAAACAAAAGGGUGUCAACUUUCUUGGGAAGGGCCAGUGAAUGAACGUGUGGCUUCAUGAGCCACGGAAGGGUUCUAUCAAGUUUUCUUCUUUAGGUUGUGAGUUUUUUAUCAACUAUUUAGAAUUCAGAAGCCCUUCUUGGGCCUCUGAGUGGUUUACAGACCCCUCCAGCACUGACAGUUCGAGGGCCUCUCCCCACCCGUACUGUCUUCGGUUCUGCCUUGAGGACUUGGAGGCCAAGGGGCAGGUGUGCAGAGCUGUUGGUCACCAGAGGUGUGGGGAGAGGGCAGCGGGCAAGCAGGCAGAGCCACUGACUGAAAAGGAUCUCCUUACC